GGAAGAGGCGGGCCGGGCGGGGAGCCCUCGGAAGGUUUGUCCCGCGCUCUCUCUCUCUCUCGCUCGGUGCCUUCGCCGCCGCCGCCGCGCCCGCCGCCAUUCGCCGGGUUGGAGCUGACAGGCUCCAGCUGAGGAUUCAGGAUGGGAGACAAGCCUAUUUGGGAACAGAUCGGUUCCAGCUUUGUACAGCAUUACUACCAGUUAUUUGAUACAGACAGAACUCAAUUAGGAGCAAUAUACAUAGAUGCCUCAUGCCUUACGUGGGAAGGACAACAAUUUCAGGGCAAAGCAGCUAUUGUUGAAAAACUCUCCAGCCUUCCCUUUCAGAAAAUACAACACAGUAUCACAGCGGAAGACCAUCAACCCACACCUGACAGCUGUAUACUCAGUAUGGUAGUAGGGCAGCUUAAGGCUGAUGAAGAUCCUAUUAUGGGAUUCCACCAGAUCUUCCUAUUAAAGAACAUCAACGAUGCUUGGGUUUGCACCAAUGACAUGUUCAGGCUAGCAUUGCACAACUUUGGUUGAGACGGCGUCCCGAGGCACCUGUCCUUUUCUUUUCUCCUCUCCUCUUUGCAGAUAUUACUCACACUCAUGGGACAUUCCAAAUAUCAUACACAAACGUGCAACACUCUGGCGAGCCAGCAAGACCUGUGACGUGCCCUUCCGAAGAGUUUUUGUUGUUUCACUAGAAGAGCUCCUUGUGCAUGAUGUUUGGAAGUUAGACUUAGCUGCAUUUGACAAGGGAAAUGUUUGUGUUGCCAGCAUGUCUUGGGAAGAACCCGUAACACAAAAGGUUGUGUUUCUGUACUGACAAGUUUUCUAAUACUCCAAAGAAACAAAAGGAAAGAAAAGAACAGCAGCCUGAAUCCAGCUCAGAUAUUUUUUUUUGUCAUUCAGAUGUUUCAGUGCUACAUAAUACAAUAAAACCAUGCAAUUUUCCUAACA